AGUUAUCGAUACACGCAUUGUUCGUUUCACGUGUUGCACAUGUUGUUUUGUGUUUAAUUAUUGAAAACAAUUGAAAUGGACGUGGAAAACGCGGAAAACCAGCAAACUCUUACCGUCGACAGUAAUAUUGAAAAUGCGGAGAUUGUGGAAAAUAAGGAAAGUGCCGAACAGGCUUCAGAAAGUGUGAAAACAAGUGAUGAAAUUGAAAAAGCCGGUAACAAUGAAUUCGAGUAUCUGGAGCGCAAUGAGUUCACUUCAGAAAUCUAUAAGAUUGAAGUGAAGAACUUGGGCUACUUUGGCAUUGGCGAGUUUAAGAAACUGCUCAAGACCACUCUGAAACUGGAUAUUACAAAAAUCAAAUCGCCAACACGCAAGGAGUUUGCGUUUGUGUGUUUCCGCAACCAGGAGGACCAGCAACGUGCGCUGGAAACGCUCAAUGGCUACAAGUGGAAGGGCAAGGUACUCAAGGCGAUGGCUGCCAAAGCAUCUGCCGAUCCCCUGCACAAGCGACGUGGCGAAGAAUUGAGCGGCGAGACGAAACCAAAGCGUCAACGCACCGCUAAGGAGGCAACUUGUCCUCUUGCUGAGCUAACCUACGAGAAGCAGCUGGAGCAGAAGACGGAGGAGAUGUCGGCGCUGCUCAAGAAAUACACACAGGAACUGCGACGUUUAAAUCCAGCUGCCAAACCACAUCUGGACAAGUUCCAAUUCAAUGGUGUCUUAGCCUCGCCUGCUGUCGAUGGUUAUCGUAAUAAGAACGAGUUCAGCAUAGCCAAAAAUGCGGAUGGAGAGAUUAUUGUUGGCUUUCGAUUGGGCAGCUACAGCGAUGGAUCCGUUGAGGUGGCCGAUGUGCAGCAGUUGCCACAUUUGCCAGCGCAGGCAAAGUGGGCGGCUCUCAGCUUUCAACAGCUGGUCAGACAGUCCAAGUUUCAGCCCUUCAAUCCUGUGGGCAACCUGGGACACUUUCGUCAGCUAAUGGUGCGUACUUCGAGUGCCACUGGAGAGCUAAUGUUGGUGGCUGGCAUUUACUCCUCCAAUUUAAGUGAAAGCGAGCAAGUUGAGCUGCAGCAGGAGCUGAAGAAUUUCUACGAUCAACCGGAGCAGAAUGAGACUCACAAGUGCAGUUCGCUCUACUAUCAGGAUGUCAAGCACCGCGAGGCGGGCCAAAUGAUUAAUCCCGUCACACAUCUUGCGGGCAGCACGCACAUAACAGACACCAUACAAGGACUGCAGUUUCGCAUCAGUCCUUUGGCCUUCUUUCAAAUAAAUACGGCCGGCGCCAAUGUCCUUUAUCAGCAGGCCAUUGAUUUGGCAGCGCCAACUCCAGACACAACCAUGCUGGACAUCUGCUGUGGCACAGGAACCAUUGCUCUGGCAUUUGCUAAGCACUGCAAACAAGUGUUUGGCGUGGAGAUUGUGGCUGAUGCCAUCAAGGAUGCGGAGUACAAUGCCGAGGCGAAUAAGAUUACAAAUUGCAAAUUCUUUGCUGGCAAUGCAGAUGAUUAUAUCAAGAGCAUGGUCAGAGAGGCUUUGUAUGGCCAAGAGCCGGGCAAGCCAGUGGAUUUAAUAGCUGUUGUGGAUCCGCCACGAGCUGGACUUCACAAUCGUUCCAUUGCCGCCAUACGUUCAGCGAGCGCCAUAAAACGUCUGGUCUACGUUUCCUGCAAUCCUAAUAGUGCCAAGCGCAAUUUUAUUGAGUUAUCACGGCCCGAGUCAAAGCAUUGGAAAGGCGAACCGUUUUACCCCAAGUCCGCUGUAGCUGUGGACAUGUUUCCACAUACAACACACACGGAGCUGGUCAUUUUAUUUGAGCGCGAGGCGAAGACUUCAACUGACGCGGUAGCUCAGGCAAAGGAGAAGACAAAAGAGGCAGAUGUGGCAGCUGAGACUGAGGAGCAAGUGGCGAAAACAGAGGAGACUGCAACGACCACAACAACAACAACAACGUGACGCCUUGGAAUACUUUCUCAAAGAAUACUUAAUGUGAAAUAGCAAUACAUUAUCACUGUUAAUCAG